AUGGAGGCCCUGCCAGCUUCAUAUAGCGCGACAGUUUGCCAUAUUGAGGAUCCCAUGUGGUCUGAGCGUUUGUACUGCACUGUUAACAUACCCUCUCUCACUGAGAACGAGAACUCCACCAGGUCCACAAACGGAGUUCAGUCAACCAAGGACGAAAGGAUUGCCAAGUACCACCUCAACAAGCUUCCGGUUAAGUGCUUCAAACUGAUGAAAGAACUCUUAUGCUGCAUGCACAUAGUAGUCGAGCACUUUGGCAGGUUGGGAACGGACGAGGGCCAGUCUGCCUGCGCCGAAGAGAAAGAAGACGCCUGUGAUGGGUGGAUGGGAGUGAAGGGACAUCAAACAGCGAAAGAUCGCACGUCAGAACACAACCAUGCGACGCACGCACGCACCAUUCGGAUAUCUCUUCAAAUUCCACUCCAAAAUCCUAGCAGCCUUACGCACAUCUAUGCUCUUGAACGUAAAUGUCAAAAACGCAAAGAUACCAAAAACACAAGCACUCACCUAUCUACACUCAUUCCCCCACCCCCCAGCGCAUUCCAACAACUCCAACCCAAACUUCCUAUCGCUGAGCAUGAGAGGGAUCGGGAAGUAUGUCAUGAGUGUGCGGGUUCAGGGCUUUGGGGCUGUCAAGCGCUUGAAGUGGAGCCGCCCUUGAAUACUUUGCACACGGACUUGGGAAUCACCUGCGAGAUUCUGAAGGCAGAAGCGAAGACACUAUCAUUACACGCGACCACUAGAUAUAUAAGUGGAUAUCAUUGGAAGGUGGAAGCUAACCUUGUAAAGACAAUUGAAGAUACGAGCGAUGCGAGGCAGAACGAAGGCAAGGAUAACAAAGCAAACAACAGUACAAAUCAUCGCAGUAGGGUCGGGAGAGGGCUACGAGGCUCGAGGGAGGCGCUGCGGGAGAAUUCUGGAGGAAGGAAGUACCGAAAACUGCUGCCUGAGGUGCAAUAUUACACAAUAAUAUAUCUCAUGACAAAGUAUUGUGCACAGACAAGCAAAAUGACAUCCAGCAACAAGAAAAUGCAAGCAAAUUACAAUUCUGAUGGAAAAUUACUAUACAGUGAGCAAAAUGGUGCCAAGGGGGCAGGAAAGUACAGUUUCGAUGGAGCUCGAAUCAAUAGUGUACUGAUCAAACUCAUUUCACAACCUCAGAAACAGGCUCCAUCGUCCUUCGAUUGUGUAUCGUCUCAAAUCCCGAUUCAGAUGGACUCCCUCAUGGUUGAGGGAUAUCAGGCUGGGACUGGUUGGCAGGAGGAAGAGCCGCACCACAACAUUGGAUAG